AUCCCCAGGAAAUCUGAAAAUCAGAAGAGCCUGAGCGACUCGUGGCUUUGCCGAGAGAGAGAGAGAGACACGCACAAGAGAAAGCAUGGCGCGUAGCAUCUCCUUCGUCACUGGGUCCCAGCUUCUAUCUCUGCGGCGUCGUCCCAACAUCGCCAUUAUCGACGUCCGGGACGAGGAGAGGAGCUACGAUGGCCACAUACCGGGGUCUCUGCACUACGCCAGCGGCGCUUUCUCCGAUAAGAUGGCCGAUCUCGUUCAGGACGUCAAAGGGAAAGACACCCUCGUCUUCCACUGCGCUUUAAGCCAGGUACGUGGCCCAACUUGUGCAAGGAGGCUAGCCGAUUAUCUCGAGGAGAUAAAGGAAGAUGGAGGAAUCAAAGACAUUUUGGUGCUUGAACGUGGCUAUAAUGGAUGGGAAGCAUCGGGGAGACCCGUAUGUCGCUGCGCCGAUGUCCCAUGUAAGGGUCAUAGUGGGUAGUCAUGGACGAUGAUGCGGCAUGUUGUUUUAGGAACCUCCUCAAUGUGUGGCCAUUGUACAAGCACACUUUGUUCUUUAAGACACCGACCUGCUGGUCAAAAGUCUUAGAUCAUCAUUAUACUUGCUGGUCUGUCAGUGAAUUUUGAUUUUCCCAAAUGCCAUGACCGAAGCACAAUACGAAAUAAUCCGACGAUGUUGGAUCUAA